AUGGAGGCACCCAAAGUGCCCGCAAGCGCCUUUGCGCUCUUCUGCUCUCGGCGGCGGCUGGAGGUGAAAGCAGCGCUUGUAGAGAAGAAUGCAAGUCAACAGCCGCAGCUCGGAGAUAUCCAAAAAGAACUUUCUACAUUGUGGAAAGAACUAAGUCCAUAUGACAAGCAGCGAUGGACUGAAGAGUUCGAAACCCUAAAGGCGCAACGCCUGCAAUGGCAACAGCUUCACCAACCUGAAGGUGAAUGCACUGAAGAGCCACGCCCUUCGACAACGACAGAAUUCCCCCAGGCGCGAAUAAUGCGAAUCGCAAGGCUCACGCCCUCUCUCAAAAAGUUGUCUGCAGAAGGAGCGCGCUCUCUCAAUCUUGCCACAGCUGCUGCUCUGCGCCAGUUUACUGUGCGAAGCCUCUCUGGCAGAAAGAAUGACAAGACAUUAACAAUGGACGAUGUCUUAUCGAUGAUCAGCCGUGGAGGAGUGCCUCUAAAGUUUUUGCAAGAGUGCAAGUAUGCGGUAUCAGAUGAAGGCGGAGCAGAUGUAGAGGAAGAACCCCAGGAUGAAGGAUCAUCUAUGAAAGCCGAAAUCAUAGGCAAGUAUAAAGAUGCACACACGGAGAGACGCAUGCAGACGGGCAAUGUCUGUACAGGUCGUUUGUUGGGUGAAAGAUGUGCACUAAAUGCAUUUCUGGAAAAAGGCUGUGGCGAAAACCCAGAAAACAAUUCUGAAACAGCUUAG